AUGGAAACGAAAUAUAGAGGAGAAGACGCUCAAGGGCGUCACCUUACAAUGCUAAAGAGGAAAGCACCCGAGACAGACCAAAAGCUGGACUCUGCACCAUCUGGAAAAGCCAAGCCACGUCUUGUGAAGGGAGAAACCUAUGAAAUGCAGUCCACUGACACAAUCAACCCGUCUCCUGCUCCGUCUGAAGGACUCCGGUCGAGCCCUGUACACGGACAACAAAAACCAUCUGAUGGGCUCAAGCCGUCUGCUGGAUCCAGUAAAAAAGCUGAAUCAAAAGUAUCUGAGAAAUUCAGAAAACCAGAUGAAGCGAUAGCAACUGAGGGAGCCAUUACAUCCCCUACAAGCAGAAAACGAAUAGAAACUAAGGGCGAAGUAGCACAUAAGACGGAGCGCAGAGCUGUGUUGAAGGGAGAGUUGGAAGAGACUAAACCAACAACAAUCGAAAAGGGCUGUUGGGCUAAAAUGGUUGGCUUUUGCUGUGGAUCCGAAGGUAAAAAUGAACAGAAUAAGGAGCCUAAUUCGUCGAAAACAGUAAAGCAAGAAAAGGAACCUUAUAGGAAGAAAGAGGAGCAACAAUUGCUAAUGACAUCUGCGGGAUCCGAGCCACUUCCUAUAUCAAGGAAAGAACAAGGUGAACUAACUUCAUCCGCGAAACCUAGAAAUCCAGAUGGAGCAAUUGCAGAUGAAAACAUAAAAAAACAAAGCGAACAAGUUCCAUCUGAGCCAUUUAAGCCAACCCAUGAAACCAAAGAGAUCAAUAAACCAAAAAUGCUAGAAAUGCAACCUCCUGUACGCAGAAAACAUGAUCAAGCAACAAAAGAAACACGACGGACGGAGGAAGUUCGGGAUGGAAUCCAGAAAAGGGAUAGUUUAAAGAGAGAACAAUAUGAACCACAAUCGGUUGAACCCCAUAUAUCAAGACCUUUACGCCGAAAUAUAGAUGCAUAUAAAAUGAGCGAAGAAGUGGACAGACCGGCUUAUAUACCAAAAGAUUUCAGAAAAUCAGCUGAUUCGAGACUAGAACGUUAUUUGAGUGAAGUCUAUCUAAAAGGGACGCCGAAAGUGCGGCGUGUUGCUUCAGAUACUUGGAACCCAUCUGCACCAUCAAUUGGUGUUCCAGUGUCACGAACACCUAAAAAACCACGGGAUAAAUCACCUUUGGAUGAUAAGGACGUAUCGAUGUUUACCUUUGCAUGUCCCAGUAAAUCAACACCUCUAAGUAAAGACACAUCGCCUUUACAAAACCAAUCAACGCCAUAUGUAGUAGAUCCAUAUGGAGUGGAUAGAUUGAUACCUAGCACAAAAAAAAAGAACAUAAUUAUUCCAACCUCUAAACACUCACGUGGAGAUAGACCUCCUUUGGAAAGGAGCGGGCGUGUAGAAGAAUUGGAAGCAAAUGAAAUUGAUGAGUCGAUGUCGGCUUCCGCACCUGCCAACACUUCAACACCUAAAAGCCCACGUGAAGGUACAUCUCCUUUACGAAGUCAAUCAACACCAUAUGUAAUAUAUGAUGGAACGGCCGUAUCCCGUAAGGUGGCAAUACAUCAAAAAUCACGAGAAGAUAGGGACCCUACACGCGGAAGAAAACUGCGCGAUGAGUUUGAGUCACAUAAAAUGGAGGAAUCCAACUCUAGUCCAGCUCAAUCCUUUCUAAAAGGAACACCGAAAGUGCAUCGGGUCGCUUCAGAUACUUGGGAUCCCGUUUCCCCAUCACUAUCUUCUCCAUUACCUGCAGAAACGCACGAAGAUAAAGCGACAUCAGCAAGUACUCCAAAAGAAAGUGUAACCGGGCGUAAUUUGGGUGAAAAAAAUCGAGCGGCUGCUAGGAAAUCAGAAGGCACGAAAUCCGAAAACCAUUCUCCGUCUCCGGAAACUUCGAAAAAGCAGCGUUCGCCCCCUCGCCGUAAGACUGGAUGA